AUGCCUUUGGAGGUAGCCUUGUGCGCUCUUCCGCACCCACGGGCUCCCGUUCCCCAUUCUCCCGCUUUCCAUCAUUCCGCCCCAUUCUCCCGCUUUCCAUCACCCCGCCCCAUUCUCCCUCCUUCCAUCACCCUGCCCCAUUCUCCCUCCUUCCAUCACCCCGCCCCAUUCUCCCACUUUCCAUCACCCCGCCCCAUUCUCCCACUUUCCAUCACCCCGCCCCAUUCUCCCGCUUUCGAUCACCCCGCCCAAUUCUCCCGCUUUCCAUCACCCUGCCCCAUUCUCCCGCUUUCCAUCACCCCGCCCCAUUCUCCCGCUUUCCAUCACCCCACCCCAUUCUCCCUCCUUCCAUCACCCCGCCCCAUUCACCCUCCUUCCAUCACCACACCCCAUCACCCCUCCCCAUUCUCCCGCUUUCCAUCGCCCCGCCCCAUUCUUCCUCCUUCCAUCACCCCGCCCCAUUCUCCCUCCUUCCAUCACCCCACCCCAUUCAACCGCUUUCCAUCACCCCGCCCCAUUCUCCCGCUUUCCAUCACCCCGCCCCAUUCUCCCGCUUUCCAUCACCCCGCCCCAUUCUCCCGCCAUCCAGUGCCCCGCCCCAUUCUCCCUCCUACCAUCACCCCGCCCCAUUCUCCCGCUUUCCAUCACCCCACCCAUUCUCGCUCUUUCCAUCACCCCGCCCUAUUCUCCCGCUUUACAUCACCCCGCCCGAUUCUCCCGCUUUCCAUCACCCCGCCCCAUUCUCCUGCUUUCCAUCACCCCACCCCAUUCUCCCGCUUUCCAUCACCCCGCCCCAUUCUCCCGCUUUCCAUCACCCCGCCCCAUUCUCCCGCUUUCCAUCACCCCGCCCCAUUCUCCCGCUUUCCAUCACCCCGCCCCAUUCUCCCGCCAUCCAGUGCCCCGCCCCAUUCUCCCUCCUACCAUCACCCCGCCCCAUUCUCCCGCUUUCCAUCACCCCACCCAUUCUCGCUCUUUCCAUCACCCCGCCCUAUUCUCCCGCUUUACAUCACCCCGCCCGAUUCUCCCGCUUUCCAUCACCCCGCCCCAUUCUCCUGCUUUCCAUCACCCCACCCCAUUCUCCCGCUUUCCAUCACCCCGCCCCAUUCUCCCGCUUUCCAUCACCCCGCCCCAUUCUCCCGCUUUCCAUCACCCCGCCCCAUUCUCCCGCUUUCCAUCACCCCGCCCCAUUCUCCCUCCUUCCAUCACCCCGCCCCAUUCUCCCUCCUUCCAUCAGCCCGCCCCAUUCUCCCGCUUUCCAUCACCCCGCCCCAUUCUCCCGCUUUCCAUCACCCCGCCCCAAUCCCCCGCUUUCCAUCAGCCCGCCCCAUUCUCCCUCUUUCCAUCACGCCGCCCCAUUCUCCCGCUUUCCAUCACCCCGCCCCAUUCUCCCUCUUUCCAUCACCCCGCCCUAUUCUUCCGCUUUACAUCACCCCGCCCGAUUCUCCCGCUUUCCAUCACCCCGCCCCAUUCUCCUGCUUUCCAUCACCCCGCCCCAUUCUCCCGCUUUCCAUCACCCCGCCCCAUUCUCCCGCUUUCCAGCACCCCGCCCCAUUCUCCCGCUUUCCAGCACCCCGCCCCAUUCUCCCGCUUUUCAUCACCCCGCCCCAUUCUCCCGCUUUCCAUCACCCCGCCCCAUUCUCCCGCUUUCCAUCACCCCGCCCCAUUCUCCCGCUUUCCAUCACCCCGCCCCAUUCUCCCGCUUUCCAUCACCCCGCCCCAUUCUCCCUCCUUCCAUCACCCCGCCCCAUUCACCCUCCUUCCAUCACCCCGCCCCUAUCUCCCGCUUUCCAUCACCCCGCCCCAUUCUCCCGCUUUCCAUCACCCCGCCCCAUUCUCCCGCUUUCCAUUACCCCGCCCCAUUCUCCCGCUUUCCAUCAUUCCGCCCCAUUCUCCCGCUUUCCAUCACCCCGCCCCAUUCUCCCUCCUUCCAUCACCCUGCCCCAUUCUCCCUCCUUCCAUCACCCCGCCCCAUUCUCCCACUUUCCAUCACCCCGCCCCAUUCUCCCGAUUUCCAUCACCCCGCCCCAAUCUCCCACUUUCCAUCACCCAGCCCCAUUCUCCCUCCUUCCAUCACCCCGCCCCAUUCUCCCUCCUUCCAUCACCCCGCCCCAUUCUCCCGCUUUCCAUCACCCCGCCCCAUUCUCCCGCUUUCCAGCACCCCGCCCCAUUCUCCCGCUUUCCAGCACCCCGCCCCAUUCUCCCACUUUCCAUCACCCCGCCCCAUUCUCCCGCUUUCCAUCACCCCGCCCCAUUCUCCCGCUUUCCAUCACCCCGCCCCAUUCUCCCGCAUUCCGUCACCCCGCCCCAUUCUCCCGCUUUCCAUCACCCCGCCCCAUUCUCCCUCCUUCCAUCACCCCGCCCCAUUCUCCCACUUUCCAUCACCCCGCCCCAUUCUCCCGCUUUCCAUCACCCCGCUCCAUUCUCCCGCUUUCGAUCACCCCGCCCCAUUCUCCCGCUUUCCAUCACCCCGCCCCAUUCUCCCGCUUUCCAUCACGCCGCCCCAUUCUCCCGCUUUCCAUCACCCCGCCCCAUUCUCCCUCCUUCCAUCACCCCGCCCCAUUCACCCUCCUUACAUCACCCCACCCCAUCACCCCUCCCCAUUCUCCCGCUUUCCAUCGCCCCGCCCCAUUCUUCCUCCUUCCAUCACCCCGCCCCAUUCUCCCUCCUUCCAUCACCCAACCCCAUUCAAGCGCUUUCCAUCACCCCGCCCCAUUCUCCCGCUUUCCAUCACCCCGCCCCAUUCUCCCGCUUUCCAUCACCCCGCCCCAUUCUCCCGCCAUCCAGUGCCCCGCCCCAUUCUCCCUCCUUCCAACACCCCGCCCCAUUCUCCCGCUUUCCAUCACCCCGCCCCAUUCUCCCGCUUUCCAUCACCCCGCCCCAUUCUCCCGCUUUCCAUCACCCCGCCCCAUUCUCCCGCUUUCCAUCACCCCACCCAUUCUCGCUCUUUCCAUCACCCCGCUCCAUUCUCCCUCCUUCCAUCACCCCGCCCCAUUCUCCCUCCUUCCAUCAGCCCGCCCCAUUCUCCCGCUUUCCAUCACCCCGCCCCAUUCUCCCGCUUUCCAUCACCCCGCCCCAAUCCCACGCUUUCCAUCACCCCGCCCCAUUCUCCCUCUUUCCAUCACGCCUCCCCAUUCUCCCGCUUUCCAUCACCCCGCCCCAUUCUCCCUCUUUCCAUCACCCCGCCCUAUUCUUCCGCUUUACAUCACCCCGCCCGAUUCUCCCGCUUUCCAUCACCCCGCCCCAUUCUCCUGCUUUCCAUCACCCCGCCCCAUUCUCCCGCAUUCCAUCACCCCGCCCCAUUCUCCCGCUUUCCAGCACCCCGCCCCAUUCUCCCGCUUUCCAGCACCCCGCCCCAUUCUCCCGCUUUCCAUCACCCCGCCCCAUUCUCCCGCUUUCCAUCACCCCGCCCCAUUCUCCCGGUUUCCAUCACCCCGCCCCAUUCUCCCGCUUUCCGUCACCCCGCCCCAUUCUCCCGCACCCCGCCCCAUUCUCCCUCCUUCCAUCACCCCGCCCCAUUCUCCCUCCUUCCAUCAGCCCGCCCCUGUCUCCCGCUUUCCAUCACCCCGCCCCAUUCUCCCGCUUUCCAUCACCCCGCCCCAUUCUCCCGCUUUCCAUUACCCCGCCCCAUUCUCCCGCUUUCCAUCAUUCCACCCCAUUCUCCCGCUUUCCAUCACCCCGCCCCAUUCUCCCUCCUUCCAUCACCCUGCCCCAUUCUCCCUUCUUCCAUCACCCCGCCCCAUUCUCCCACUUUCCAUCACCCCGCCCCAUUCUCCCGCUUUCCAUCACCCCGCCCCAUUCUCCCGCUUUCGAUCACCCCGCCCCAUUCUCCCGCUUUCCAUCACCCCGCCCCAUUCUCCCGCUUUCCAUCACGCCGCCCCAUUCUCCCGCUUUCCAUCACCCCGCCCCAUUCUCCCGCUUUCCAUCACCCCGCCCCAUUCUCGCUCCUUCCAUCAGCCCGCCCCAUUCUCCCUCCUUCCAUUACCCCGCCCCAUUCUCCCGCUUUCCAUCACCCCGCCCCAUUCUCCUGCUUUCCAUCACCCCGCCCCAUUCUCCCGCUUUCCAUCACCCCGCCCCAUUCUCCCGCUUUCCAGCACCCCGCCCCAUUCUCCCGCUUUCCAGCACCCCGCCCCAUUCUCCCGCUUUCCAUCACCCCGCCCCAUUCUCCCGCUUUCCAUCACCCCGCCCCAUUCUCCCGCUUUCCAUCACCCCGCCCCAUUCUCCCGCUUUCCGUCACCCCGCCCCAUUCUCCCGCUUUCCAUCACCCCGCCCAAUUCUCCCUCCUUCCAUCACCCCGCCCCAUUCUCCCUCCUUCCAUCAGCCCGCCCCUAUCUCCCGCUUUCCAUCACCCCGCCCCAUUCUCCCGCUUUCCAUCACCCCGCCCCAUUCUCCCGCUUUCCAUUACCCCGCCCCAUUCUCCCGCUUUCCAUCAUUCCGCCCCAUUCUCCCGCUUUCCAUCACCCCGCCCCAUUCUCCCUCCUUCCAUCACCCUGCCCCAUUCUCCCUCCUUCCAUCACCCCGCCCCAUUCUCCCACUUUCCAUCACCCCGCCCCAUUCUCCCGCUUUCCAUCACUCCGCCCCAUUCUCCCGCUUUCCAUCACCCUGUUAUAG